AACGAUUGGAUGCCUGGGUACAUAAAAGUGGAUUUUAAACCGACAAGAUUUCAAUCUAUUCGUGCCGGCACAUCAGCAACAAUCAUGUAACAGAACAAAGUGUAAAAAACUUAAUUAUAGUGGCUGUGCUGGUGGUUUUCGCUUGUCCAAUUGAAAGAAAGGAAGGAAUAAAGUUGAACAACAUGCUUGGAGAAGAUAAUAAGGACUCAUUUCUGUUCGAAAACAUCCGAACCGGAAACUUACCAUCCAUCCAACAAGCAAUAAACAGCAAAGCAAACAUCAACUCUCUUGACGCCGAUGGUAACACCCCCCUGGCGAACGCGACAAAACGCGGCCGCAAGGACAUCAUUAAAUACCUCCUCCGGAAAAAAGCAGACAUAUUCAAAGUCGGAGAAGGAGGCAAAACGGCGAUUCACUGGGCCAUCUCGCGUAACGACUUCGACGCAGUCAAGUUGAUGUUUUGGCGAAACUUUUGUGUUAAUAAAAUCGACGACAAAGGAAACACGCCUCUGAUUUAUGCAGCACAGGAAGGAAGAGCCAACGUUGCUAAAUUCUUGGUCAAUAAAGGUGCAGUCGUUGAUAAGGUUGGUCGCAGCAGAAAAACACCUUUGAUCGAGGCGAUAAUCGGAGGCCACUUGUCCGCUGUUAAUUAUCUUGUAGAAAUGGGUGCCAACGUUGACAGACUGGCUCCUGAUGGAAAUAGUCCUUUAGCUGCGGCUGUACGUUGCCAACAUAGAAAAAUUGUGGAGUUGUUAGUGAACAUGGAAGCUGAUGUCUGCAAGGUCGGUGACAAGGGUAAACCACCACUUUCGUGGGCUGUGAUAACUGAAGACUUUGGUCUGGUCGAGUUUUUGCUUGAAAAUGGGGCAGAGGAUACAGUGCAAGCGGCGCUUGUGGAAGCGGUAGAAGGACGAAACUUUGAAAUUGUUAAAUUCUUGAUGGAGAAGUGUGACAGUAUCGAAAUGGGAUCUAAAUUUAAGGAAAUGAUUUUUAAUAAGGUCAAGGAAAGUCAUAAUUUGGAUUUAGAGAGGUGUAUGGAAAAAUGGAAUUUAGGAUGAAGUGAUUCAGGCGAAGACUGUGAUCAAUCAUUUGUUAAACUAGAUGUAGAUAAACAUGUUCAGGAUUUUGUACUGGCAGAAAUUUACCGUUUUGAUUACAUUUUACCAAUAAAAUGUA